UUCCACACAAAUUUUUAUUUGAGGCAAAUCAAUGUCAAGUGAUCUACGUACCGAUAUCGCGAUAUCGAUGUGGAUGAUUAUGUGUGGCACUUUUCCUGUGAGUUUCUUGGAAGUUUUGCUCAGUUGCUAUUAAUUUUAUUAGCCUGGCUUGGGUAGUGUUGACGGUUUGAACACCUCCUGUGUGUAGGCUUCGAUAAAAGUUUUUCUUUCUUUCAAACGACAACUUUCCCUGUCAUAGUCAAGUGCCAUACAGAUCUUGUGAAGGAACGCCUUAUUUUCAUGUCUGAUCGACGCUGGUAGCAACAAUGGAGAUUCGCAGACGGAGAACAAGCUUGGCCCUGCCCCAGGACGAAUUGAGCACACAGCCGCUCGACCGCGUUGGCGCGGAUGACUUCUACGAGAGCUACGAGCCGAAGGGAGACUUGGGAAAAGGCUUAUCCAGUGUUGUACGGAGGUGUGUACAUCGAGAAACUGGCAAAGAGUAUGCUGUGAAAUUCAUCGACAAGACCAUCGAUAUAACCCUAGCCAAGGCCGUUCGCACGGAGAUUGAUGCCCUGGAGCGUGUCAGCCACCAGUACAUCAUCAAACUACACGAAUGGUACCAGAGUCCAGUCUAUUUCUUCUUAGUAUUUGAACUGGCAGCCCACGGUGAGCUGUUUGACCAGCUGAACAAGGCCGUGCGCUUCUCUGAGAUGCGCUCAAGAAUGGUGAUGAAGCAGUUGUUACUUGCCAUCGAGCAUAUCCAUUCGCUCAACAUCGUUCACAGAGACGUCAAGCCGGAGAAUAUUCUACUUGGGGAAAACUUCAAUGUUCGACUUUCAGAUUUCGGCUUUGCUGCGGUCAUACCUAACGACACAUCAUUGAGAGAGUUAUGUGGAACCCCCGGCUACAUGGCUCCUGAAGUGCUCAAGUGCGCCACCUAUCCGGAUGCACAGGGAUACGGCAGGCCCGUCGACAUGUGGGCAUGUGGUGUCAUCCUAUAUACUAUGUUAGUUGGCUUCCCGCCAUUCUGGCAUCGCAAGCAAAUGCUCAUGCUACGGCUGAUCAUGGAUGGAAAAUACUCUUUUGCCGCACCGGAGUGGCAUGAUAUAGGUGACUCGGCGAAGGACAUGAUCCGUAAACUUCUUGUGGUUGAUCCGAAUCGCCGGUACACUGUACAUCAGGCGUUGGCGCAUCCGUUCAUCUUAGAGGAGGGCACGCGUAGCAAGCGCCGACGGAUGGUGCUGAACCGCUUUGUGGGCGCGGUGGAUGCAAUUGUGGCCGCCAAGGUGCUCAACCGCGCCGUGUACAACCGCAGUCGCGCAUCCAGCGCGGAAACCCCCGAUCACUUGACCCCGUCGUCCCAUCACAGUGCAGCUGGCAGCGGGGGCGACGCCGAUGUCGGCUGUGACAGCAUGGUGUCGUCGCGGGCCGGCAGUCCGACGUCGGACGACUGCGACGACAUGGAAAUCCCGACGGUGGACACGGCACCUGAAGUGCCGUACGAGCACGCGCUCAUACGCAGCGCCAUCGACGGGCUGGCGUUCCGCGUUUACGGGCACUGGGUGAAGAAAGGCGACCAGCAGAACCGCGCCGCCAUGUUCGAGAACCAGCCGAAGAACGUGGCUCAGCGCGUGCGCAGUCGCAUGACAGGGGGUGUGAUGGCCACGCCACGACAGUCGGCGCGCGCUAGCCCCACGCCGGGUUCCGUGGCGACCGGACGGCCGGCCAUCAGCCCGCUGCCGCAUAUGUGAGCGCUCGCAGCUACGCAGUGUGUACGUGCUGUACGUGCUCGUGUCACAGUGUGUGUGUGUGUGUGUGUGUGUGUGUGUGUGUGUGUGUGUGUGUUGUGGUAAGACCUGUUCCUGGCCGAUGCGCGCCAGGUACCGCUGGUCGCGCAUCCUUGACUGCAAUGUCCACGCCGAAUGAAACGCUUCCCUGGAGCCGGCCGCCGUCUGAAAACACUGUGAGCACAUUGUGCUGGUUGUUUGCUGAUGGCGUACCUCGACUGCUCCUCUCUCUUCAUGUCGUGUAAGCUACAGCGCCAUUACUGUGUUAUCUUGACGGGUACGGCGCGUGCAGUAAUACGCCGUGAGACGUGUUCCCGGAAGUCAUUGAGUGGAAUUGAUGACUGGCCUUCAAGAUGCCGUAAAGCAUCAUGGCCUACAUGUGUAAGUCCCCGC